AUGAUCACUUCAGAGCAAGUUCUAACACAUUAUGAUCCCAGUCUGCCACUUAGACUUGCUUGUGAUGCAUCCCCCGUAGGCAUUGGAGCAGUGCUUUCUCACGUAAUUAACGAUGGUACCGAGCGACCUAUAGCUUUUGCUUCAAAGACAAUAACAAAAACUGAGCAAAAGUAUGCGCAGAUUGACAAGGAAGCUUUGUCAAUAAUCUGGGGUGUCAAGAAGUUUCACAUGUAUAUGUUUGGCCGUCCUUUCACUAUAUGCACAUAUCAUCAGCCAUUAACUUCAAUAUUUCAUCCGCGGAAGAGCAUUCGCGUGGUCACCGCAACACAUCUUCAACGUUAUGCCUUGUUCCUGGCUGGCUAUGAUUACUCCAUUCAAUACAAGAACACUAAGUUUCACAGCAAUGCAGAUGGUCUUUCCCGCCUACCACUGGUAACGGAAGCCAAAGAUGAAGAAGUGGUUGACCCAGUGGGUGCAUUUAAUUUGAUGCAGUUUGACCCUUUGCCAGUCACGGUGGAGAACGUUAGACGAGAGACACAAAGAGAUCCUGUCUUGGCCCAAAUGCAUGAAAUGACUAGUAUGUUUUUAGUGGUAGUGGAUGCACAUUCACGUUGGCUGGAGAUAGAGAAAAUGAACACUAAAACUUCAGCGAAAACCACUGAAACCCCUCAGAAGUUGUCUGCAAGAUAUAGCGUACCAGCCCAGUUAGUGAGUGAUAAUGGGCCUAAGUUCGCAUCAGAAGAGUUCCAGCAAUUCCUUAAGAGAAACGGCAUCAAACACAUCACCUCAGCACCUUAUCACCCUGCCACCAACGGCCUAGCAGAACGUGCUGUCCAGAGUUUCAAGAAUGCCAAUGCAAUGAAGAUCGAAACUGAGGAACACCCCCCACUCAACCACCGGAGAGCCACCGUCCCAGUUGCUUUUGGGAAGAAGAUUACGCACUCGACUGGACUUGUUAAAGCCAGAUCUCUACAUCCAGCUACGACCACUGAUCACCCAGUAGCUGAACCACCUGAACAGACAAAAGUUGUCUCGAGGGAGACAGACUGCCAGUCACCAAAAUGCAAUCCAGUGGCUGAAUCGUCCGCUAGCAGCUCACCGAGCCAGAUUGAACAUGUUCCUGUGAAACGAUACCCUUCCAGAGUGCGGCAACCCCCAGUUCGGAUGGAUCUGUGA